AUGGACUCAGCAGAAUUUCCUGACAGAUUGGAUGAGGGGUGCAUCCUCUGCUUCUUUGGGAAAGCCCCACCUGUCUUGAGGUCCCCUAUACCUGUGCUUCCCAGCACCUCAGAGACCCCAGAACCACUGAACAAAGAACAUCGGGGUCGGGAGCUGCCACACGGAGGACCCCAGGGUGGCAGGCUCACAACAGCACAGGCGUCCUCCUACAGCUCCCAGGGCCGGGAGCCUGAAACCAAGGUGUCCACAGGGCCCUGCUGCCCCCAGAGGCUCUGGGCAGAGCCCUCCUGCCUUUCCAGCUCCCCCUGGUUCCCGCCGAGAUCCCUGGAGUGGGCCUGGCUCUGUUCACUGCUCCCCCGGCCUCCUGCUGUUUCCCACACGCAGCCACGGUACAAGGCAGCUCAUCCAACCACCUCCCCAUCCGCAGCCUCCAGGGAUGUACACCCUGCCUCAGGGGCUCCGCCUGGGUCCUGGCUGGUGGAGGGCACAGCCAUUAAGGAAGGCCCUCAGCUGCAGGAUGGGGCUGUGCCACGGAGACCAACCAGGCCCUCUAAGGCACUGUGGCCGGCCCAGAUGUCCGCAGCUCCAGAAAUGAGGCUGGGAUAGAUGGUGCCUAGUGAUGCAAGGGGACUGUGGGGGCCACAGGGGACCCUGCUCACCUGGACCUACCGUGGAGGCCAGGGAGGGAGAUGGACUCGAAGGGUGGAAGGGCCCAGAGAAGGCACGUUUGCAGAGCAGCAGCCGCAUUUCCAGAGCUUGGGAGCCCAACAGGAAUCCCCUCCGGCCAUGGGACUACCGCCCUUGGGGCUGGGGAAUGCUGCAGGGGAGAGCAGAGGGCAGAGAGGCCAGGAAAAGGGGAGGGCAGAGGGCAGAGAGGCCAGGAAAAGCGAGGUGCCCGCCUGCAAGUGCCCAAAGAAGGGACCAAGCCCGGGUCCCUGGACCAGAGCGGCCGCCUGGUGGGGCAGGCAGGAAGGGGCCAAGGCCAGCGCCAAGGGGGAGCAGGUGAGGGACCCUGGUGGGCAUCGGUGGGAACUAGGCCACGCUUCUCCCUGCUCACGCUUUAAUCAAGGACAUUCCUAUGGUUCUCGACAAGUGUCGCACAUUACAUGGGUGUCGUGAGCUGGGCUCCGUGAGAGUGUGCAGGCGGCUCAGGCACCCAGGGGUGGCUGGGGGCAGCGAGGGAGCGGCAAG